GCGAAGAUGGCCAGUGCCCGGAUCUCCAUGUACCUGCCCCCCGACGUCAACCCCACGCAGGCUCCCAUUGCCUACGGCUGUCGGGCCCUGCCCAAGCUGAACAAGGAGCUGCAGUCAGAGCACCUGCUGACGAGGCAGAAGGCCUUGGUGGCCCUGUGUGACCUCAUGCACGACCCCGAGUAUGUCUACGAGGCCGUCAACAUAGGCUGCCUGGAGAGCCUGAAAGCCUUGCUGAAGGACAGCGACGACGUGGUGCGCAUCAAAACCACCGAGGUGCUCUACAUCAUGGCGACCCAUAACGUGGGCAGGAAUGGCUUUCUGGAGUGUGACGUCAUCGUGGCCCUGUCCUCCCUGCUCAGUGAUCCCCACCCUGUCUGCCGGAUGAACCUUCAUCAGGCGUACAAGCACCUGGCUGAGCUGCCUGCAGGGGCCCAGGGCAUCGUGUCCAGUGGCCUGAUCCCCGCGCUGGUGUGGAAGGUGCAGAGGGAAGAGGAGGAUAUCCAGGAGCUCAUCCUGGACACGCUGGCCCCCUGCCUGCAGGUGGACGCCACCGAGGCCCUGAGCAGCCACGCCGUGCCCUUCCUCAAGCAGAAACUGCUCAGCACCAACGAUGACAUCCGCAGCAAGGCAGCCCGCGCGCUCAUUGCCAUCAGCAUCCCAUUGGAGGGCAAGGACCAGGUGUGUCAGUAUGACGUCAUCCCCAUCCUGGUGCACCUGCUGAAGGACAAGGAGGAGGAGGUGCAGGCCAAUGCCGCCGGGGCCCUGAUGUACACUGCAGUGACCACUGAAGGGAAGUACGCGGCCCUGGACGCAGAAGCCAUUCCCCCACUCUUGGCGCUGCUGUUGUCGCCCAAGAGCAAGGUGCGCCUGAACGCCGCCAAGGCCCUCACCAUGCUGGCUGAGGCCCCCGAGGGCCGCAAGUACCUGCAGUCCCACGUGCACGCUUUCCGUGUGCUCGAGGCGGAGCACAACGAGGCCAUACAGCGGGCCGCCCAGAUCGCCAUCAGUGUCAUCGAGUGGAAGCCCUGAGCCCCUCAGUGGGGCCAGAUCCCACAAGCCGCUGCCUCCACAUCUGAAUAAAAGGACUGAGUC